AUGACUUCCACAUCCUUCGAACCGGUGCUAACCAAAGCCGCAUUGGCCUUACGAAAUAAACAACAAAAACCGGAAUUCAAAGCAUUGGUAUUUGAGGAGCCCAAACCCACAACAACUGAAGAUGGAGGAGCACCCCCCACUGAUACCAAGAAGAAGAAAAAACGUCCCUCGGACGACGAGGUGAAACCCGAUGAAAAUGAAUUUGAUAUUAAAAAGGCCCGCCAUGAAAUUCUCAACUUUGCCAUGAAUAAUCAGCGGGUACAAAAAAAUCAAAAGAAAAUGAAAAUAUUCCAAAUGGUUCAGCUGGGUGCCAAACCAAAGAAAUCCUAUAAAAACUAUAAGGAACUAUUGGAUGAAAGGCGGCGUCUAAAGGACAUUCGUGAGGAGCGUAAAAAAUUCCAUCAAUUGGGUAAAAAUCAAACGGGUGCAGCAUCGGUUAAAUGUCGCAGCAAAACGAAAAUUGAAAAGCAAUCGAAGAAAAGGGCACCCGUAUCGGCUAUCGAUCAACAUUAUGGCAAAGUUAAUCCUAAGCUCAAGAAAAGGAAAUGA